AUGGCGUCCGCGCGUUGCCUUCUGCAUCUGGUGGUGGUGGUGCUGAUCGCCGCGGCGGCGGCGGAGGCGGCGGACCUUGCGAGCGACCGCGCGGCGCUGCUGGCGCUGCGGGACGCGGUGGGGCGGCACCUACCGUGGGACCCCUCCGCGCCCACGCCGUGCGGCGGCGCGUGGCGCGGCGUCGGAUGCUCGCCCGCCGGCGACCGCGUCACCGAGCUCCGCCUGCCUGGGAAGAGUUUGAGCCGAGAGAUACCCGUGGGCACGGUCGGCAACCUCACUGCGCUGCAGACGCUUUCGCUCCGGCAGAACGCGAUAUCCGGCGGGAUCCCGGUGGACAUCGGCGGCUGCGUCCAGCUCCGGUCGCUGAACCUAUCUGGGAACCGACUCACCGGCGAAUUGCCGGAGGGGUUGUUCUCGCUGGCGCUGCUCGAAAAGGUUGACCUCUCCCGGAACCGUCUCGCCGGCGGCGUGUCGCCGGAGUUCAGCAGGCUCGCGAACAUGAUCACGCUGAACCUCGAUCGCAACGACUUCAAUGGGACGCUUCCCGCCAACCUGACGCUGCCGAGUCUCAAGCAGCUCAACGUGUCGUACAAUGACCAGCUCGGUGGCGCCGUGCCGGCGUCGCUAGCCGGGAUGCCGGCGAGCGCCUUCCUCGGAACGGCUCUCUGCGGCGGUCCGCUCGCCCCGUGCGCCAACCCCGCGCCGCCGCCAUCUCCUCCACCGUCGUCAAGCAAGGGCGGAAAGCUCUCCCGUGGAGCCAUUGUCGGGAUCAUCCUCGCGGCCGUCGCCGUGCUCAUCGUCGUGCUCACCGUGGGGUUCUUGAUGUGCUUCCGGCGCCGAGCAACGGCGGCUAGGAGCAGCACCACCGAGGCGGCUGCCCCGGACGUGCACGAGGGCACAGAGCCGAUCACAGUGACCGUGGCGAGGACGGACCGGGAUGCCGCCGUUAAGCGGUCGCACACGCCGACGGCGGCGGCGGCGGCGAUGAUGACAGGCGAAGGCAACAAGCUGGUGUUCCUGGGCAGCGCGCCGGAGCGGCCGUACGACCUGGACACGCUGCUGCGUGCGUCCGCCGAGGUGAUCGGCAAGGGCGGCACGGGCACGACGUACCGCGCCACGCUCGACGGCGGCGAGCCCACGCUCGCCGUCAAGCGGCUCCGCGAGGUGCACCUCUCCGAGCGCGAGUUCCGCGACCGGGUCGCCGCCCUCGGCGCGCUCCGUCACGACAACCUGCCCCGCCUCAUUGCCUACUUCUACAGCGGGGAGGAGAAGCUCCUCGUCUACGACUUCGUCGGCACCGGCAGCCUCGCCUCCCUCCUCCACGGUGGCGGCGCGAGGCUGGACUUCGCGGCGCGGGCGCGUAUCGCGCUGGCGGUGGCGCGCGGCGUGGCGUUCAUCCACGGCGGAGGGGCCAGGUCGUCGCACGGCGACAUCAAGUCGUCCAACGUUGUGGUCACGGCGGCGCGGGACGGCGCCUACGUGACCGACUACGGGCUAGCCCAGCUCGUCGGCGGCGCGGCGGCGGCGCCGCAGCCGAAGCGUGGCGCGGGGUACCGCGCGCCGGAGGUGGUCGACGCGCGCGGCUUGUCGAAGAGCGCCGACGUGUACAGCUUCGGCGUGCUGCUGCUCGAGCUGCUCAGCGGGCGGCCGCCGCUCGACGCGCUGCCCGACGGCGCCGGCGCCGGCGAAGGCGUGGACCUGCCGCGGUGGAUGCGGUCGGUGGUGCAGGAGGAGUGGACGUCGGAGGUGUUCGACGCCGCCAUCGCCAGCGAGCCGCACGUCGAGGGGGAGAUGAUGCGGCUGCUGCAGCUGGGCAUGGAGUGCACCGAGCACCACCCCGACCGGCGGCCGGCGAUGGCCGAGGUGGAGGCCAGGAUCGAGCGCAUCGUCGAGGACACGUGCCGUAAGGCCGACUUCAGCAGCACGGACGGCAGCCGGAGCGCGUCGGCGUGACCGGCGGCGAGCCGGCCGGCGUCCACGGUUCGCCUCGACUUCUUUCAGUAAGGAGACAUCGAAAAAAUUUGUUAUUUUUCCAUUUCAUACCUGUUCUUGGCUGCCGAUUCCGCACUGUCAUAAGCUUGUACCGUUGGUGCUAAAUUGUUCAUUUUAUUAUUCUCUAAUUUCCUGAGCAUUUGGAUUCUUUCUCAACAUGUGAAUGCAAUAAAGUUGGUAAUGUAAAUUUAAUGGAAUAAUUGUGCUUUUGACCCUGUUUUGAAGUCUAAACACC